AUGGAUUCAUUUCUUCAAUGUCAUUAUUGCAACAAACAUUUGACCAGUCCAUUAGAAUUAAUUUGUCGACAUUCAUAUUGUACUGAUUGUUUAACAAAAGAAAUACGAAAUGAAAAAAUCAUUUGUCCAAUAUGUGCCACUGAACAUCCCACGCCAGCUGCUUCACUUUCAGCAGCUAAACUGGAUAAACUAUCAUUCUAUCUUAUUGAUUUAAAUAUUGGUACUUCAUAUUCUACUAUUACUGACGAUUCUCCUGCAGCAAUUCAUGCUGAAUGUGCUGGAUGUAAAACAAUAACUGAUUUACGUAAAUGUUUUCAUUGUGAAAAACCAUUAUGUCCUAGUUGUCGAACACAACAUUAUGAAUUACAAAAGAAGGAUGUUGAUCAAUCAAUACAUAAUUUAGUAAAUAAAACUAAUGACCUUACUGUUGUAGCACAGGCAUUAAAUACUAGUCGAACUAAUCGUAUACAAGAAUAUAAAUUAAUGAAAGAUAAAAUAUCAGCACAUGUAAAUGAAUUAAUUAAACUUAUACAUGAGGAAGAAGAAAAUCUUCAAAAACAAGUUGAUACAAGAAUUCUUUUUGAAACUGGAAGAAUUGAUACUACGGAACUUGAAAAAGAAUAUCUUCAAAAAAAUAAAGCAGCUUUAGAUGAAAUAGCUGAUAAAUAUCGAAAUGAAAAAAAUCAAAUGGUUGCAAUAAAAAUGCAUAAAGAUUAUUUAGAUACAGCACCAAAUUGGAAAGAUAAAUUAGAGAAUUAUGCAGGUCGAAUUAAUGAAAAGAAGGAACAAGAAUUACAUUUUCAACCAACACAACCUGAAAAAACCGAUGCUCUUGUUGGAAAAUUAAUAAAUUCAAAAAAUGUUAAUAUUUAUGCAACAACAGGUGCUCAUCGACCAGUUGCCGCAGCUGCAAGUCGUUCAUGUAUUCUGAUGUAA